AUGUAUCAUCUUUUGAAGAGGAGGAAGCAGCGGGCUGUGGUCAUCCUUGUCAUUACAUUGCCAGGAAAUGAUUCUUUAGCUUUUUGUGGAUGUGGAAGAGGAGAGGAUAGCCCAGGAUUAGAGGAUUUGAGGGAAAUGCUUCAGAAAGCUCUGAAGGAAUUGGAUGUUUCUCGUCUCAACAGUACUAUGUUUGAGGAAAAGGCCCAGAGGAUUUCUGAAUUGGCAAUCUCUCUCCAGGAUGAGGCAGCAAGCACUUGGGAUGAAGUUAAUUCUGCUGUUUCUAGGGUUCAAGUGAUCAUCAAUGAAGAGUCUGUUGCCAAAGAAGCUGUUCAGAAGGCCACCAUGUCACUUUCCAUGGCUGAGGCCAGGUUACAGUUAGCCAUAGAAGCUUUGGAUUCAAUAAGAAAGGGAGGCAGGCCUGUGGAAACUUCCAAACAGAAUGAUGAGGAUGAAGCAGUGGCACUUGCGCAGGAAGAGAUCAAGGAAUGUGAGAUCUGCUUGGCAUACUGUGAAGCAGACUUGAAGAAAUACAAGCCAAGAAAAAUGGAGCUGCAGAAGGAAGUGGAUAGGUUGAGUGAGGUAGCUGAGAAGGCUCAGUUUGAUGCAUUAAAGGCAGAAGAGGAAGUGGCUAACAUAAUGCUUCUUGCUGAGCAGGCAGUGACUUUGAAAUUGAGGGCUACACAACGUGUGAAUGAUGCAGAAAUUGCAUUACAGCGAGCCGAGAAGGCCAUCUCUUCUGCUGAUAUUGUUGACCAGCAGGGACCUUCUCAAAACCAGGUAAUCAGUGAAGAGUUUGUCACAAAGGAGGAAUUUAGCAGAGGUACCGGUAGUGAUUCUAUUAUUGGAAGAGAUGAAGAUGCUUUGGCAGGUGAUGAUUUAUUGGCAGAUGAUGCAUUUUGGGGCCCAAGUGCCAAAGGCUAUGUUUCGUCUCAUGACAUUCUUGAUCAAGAGAAUGGGAAUAUCAAUUUAGACUUACAUGGGGAAGCAGAAGCUGAGAUUGACAAAUCAGUUGAUGGAUUUCAAGGAAAGAAGCUGGAAGCACAACAAAAGGACUUGACAAAGGAUGGUUCUGUGCCUCCCCAACGUUCGAAAGCACUAUUAAAGAAGUCCUCUCGGUUUUUCUCUGCAUCGUUUUUUUCUUUCAGUGAAGAUGGGGAAGAGAUCACGUAUGUCUCUUUCUUCCAAGCUCUUGUUGCCUAUUUGAGAAAGCAAGCUCCAAAGCUGGUUCUUGGCAUGAUGCUUCUUGGGAUGGGGACAAUGUUUCUUAAUAAUAAAGCAGAAAAAUAUUCUCAGUUGGUUCCUCAGCAAGAUAUAAUUACUGGUAUUGAAGAAGUGACCUCAACAGCAAAGCCUAUGCUUCGAGAGAUAAGGAGGUUCCCUAGAAGAUUGAAGAAACUCAUUGAGCGCUUACCCCAGCAAGAGAUAAAUGAAGAAGAAGCUUCCCUUUUUGACAUGCUAUGGUUACUUCUUGCCAGUGUUGUAUUUGUACCUUUAUUCCAGAAAAUACCUGGAGGUAGUCCUGUUCUUGGAUAUCUUGCUGCCGGUAUCCUUAUUGGGCCUUAUGGAUUUUCUAUCAUCCGUCACGUUCAUGGAACAAAGGCCAUUGCUGAAUUUGGAGUUGUGUUCUUGCUAUUUAAUAUUGGGCUUGAGCUUUCAGUAGAAAGAUUAAGCUCGAUGAAGAAGUAUGUUUUUGGUUUAGGCACUGCUCAGGUGCUGGCAACUGCUACUGUGGUUGGGUUAGUUGCUCACUUUGCCUCUGGGCUGCCAGGUCCUGCUGCAAUUGUCAUUGGUAAUGGUCUAGCUCUAUCUUCUACGGCUGUUGUCUUGCAGGUACUCCAAGAGCGAGGAGAGAGCACUUCACGCCAUGGUCGUGCUACCUUUUCGGUCUUGCUUUUCCAGGACCUGGCAGUGGUUGUCUUGCUGAUAUUAAUACCUCUUAUUUCACCCAGCUCUUCUAAAGGAGGGAUCGGUUUUCAAGCAAUAGCAGAAGCUCUUGGACUUGCUGGUGUAAAAGCUGUGGUUGCUAUCACUGCAAUAAUUGCUGGAGGUCGAUUGUUCCUUCGCCCAAUUUAUAAGCAAAUUGCAGAGAAUCAAAAUGCAGAAAUAUUUUCUGCAAACACGCUUCUUGUUAUUCUGGGAACUAGUCUACUUACUGCUCGGGCUGGGCUUUCUAUGGCACUGGGAGCAUUUUUGGCUGGUCUCCUACUAGCAGAAACAGAAUUUUCCUUGCAGGUUGAAUCAGAUAUUGCACCAUAUCGUGGACUUCUACUGGGUCUCUUUUUCAUGACUGUUGGAAUGUCUAUAGAUCCAAAGCUGCUCCUUUCAAACUUUCCUGUCAUUGUUGGGACUUUAAGUCUUCUGAUUGGUGGCAAGACCCUUCUGGUUUCAUUGCUAGGUAGGAUUUUAGGCCUUUCAAGCACAGCCGCAAUAAGAACUGGUCUUCUCCUUGCGCCUGGUGGAGAAUUUGCUUUUGUGGCUUUUGGGGAGGCAGUGAAUCAGGGUAUUAUGUCUCCUCAACUUUCGUCUUUGUUGUUCUUGGUGGUUGGCAUAUCUAUGGCUCUUACACCAUGGCUAGCUGCUGGAGGUCAGAUGAUUGCCUCUCGCUUUGAUCAGCAGGAUGUUCGGAGUUUCAUGCCAGUGGAAAGUGAGACUGAUGACUUGCAAGACCAUAUCAUCCUAUGUGGUUUUGGUCGUGUUGGGCAGAUCAUCGCACAGCUUCUUUCUGAAAGGUUGAUUCCUUUUGUUGCUCUAGAUGUGGACUGUGAGCGGGUUUCCCAAGGGCGUGCACUUGAUCUGCCUGUAUAUUUUGGGGAUGCAGGCAACCGUGAGGUUCUCCAUAAAGUUGGGGCAGAGAGAGCAUGUGCUGCUGCAAUAACUUUAGAUACUCCAGGGGCAAGCUAUCGAACUGUUUGGGCUCUGAACAAGUACUUCCCCAAUGUAAAGACUUUUGUUCGGGCCCAUGAUGUUGAUCAUGGCCUAAAUUUGGAGAAGGCAGGUGCAACUGCGGUUGUCCCAGAGACAUUGGAACCAAGUCUGCAGUUAGCGGCAGCUGUACUUGCUCAGGUAACUAAGAAAUAUUGAUAUGUUUCAGCUUCAAGUUAUCCAGGUUUUCUUGGUGUUGUCCAACGACGAAAAAUCCCUGCUUCUGGAUUGGUUGAGUGGUUGGAUGGGAACGCAGAGAA